AUGAGCGAGAAUGCGCAUUGCCCGCUGGUUCUUCUCGCUGUCACAAUCCCUGCUGGAGGGGGAUGCUUUGAUGUUGCCCUGUGCUAUCCCCAAUUUCAGGGUGCACUGGAGGCAUGUGAAAAGGUGCCACUGCUAGAAAUCUUCAACAAAGCUGCUGUGGUCAAAGUAGAUCCUGAUAAACCACUAGAGGGGGUUAGACUAGCUUCUCUGCAGGCAAGAAAAACAUUGCUUGUUCCAACACCUCGGCUAAAAACUGGAUUAUUUAACAGGAUCAUUACACCAAAAGGUGCAACCAAAGAAGAACUACGUGUUUGUUCUACAUCUCAGGGUCUUAAAGAGUUGAGUGUCCCGGUCGGUUUAGAUGACAAAGUUCAGGUGGAUCUUGUUGUAGUUGGAUCAGUGGCUGUGUCUGAUAAAGGCUACAGAAUUGGAAAAGGUGAAGGCUUUGCAGACAUGGAAUAUGCUAUGAUGGCAUGCAUGGGAGCCGUAUGUGAAUCCACUGUGGUCGUCACCAUUGUUCAUGAUUGUCAGGUUGUGGACAUUCCAGAGGAACUCAUUGAAAGUCAUGACCUCACAGUUGACUUUAUUCUAACUCCAACAAGAAUCAUCAAAACUGAAUGCACACACCCCAAACCACAAGGCAUCAUUUGGUCAAAG